AUGGAUACAUACAUUCAAGUUUAUUUUCUAAAUGCAUUGAAUCGUGUCGGUAUCUCCAUUGACUCAGAGAAUGUUUCCAGAAUCCGAAUGUUUUUUGAAACGCUUACUUUCAGAUCGCCCCCCUCCACAUGGGAUAUGUCCGAGAGCCAUGUCAACGUUAAAGACCUUGCAAAACGGUAGCACUUUGAAUUUUACAUUUGGAGUAUUUCUCAUUUUAGGUUUGAAGCGUUGAGUCCGAUCAAUUCGUCUACCACGCCCAGUCAAAAUGUUCUCAAGACAACUCCUCGGAUGGUCAAAUCCAGUUGCAAAAUGUGAGAUGAUCUUUUACACAUUUAACCUUUCAUUAACAUUAAUUUUAGUACGCGUAUGAAUGUGUCGGUUACAACUCGUCCCCGUCUUCCACCUCCCAUGCCUCUUAAACGAAUCCGAAGUUCGAGGCGGCGGAGAAUAUUUCAGAGUUCAGUGGAACUCAACAAGCCCGCUGGCCCUUUCAACCGAGUUCCCAAAUCUAAAUCUGCAAUCGAGGGGAUCUCGUCCAAGACCGGGUAAGUGGUCAUUUGAGAGAUUAUAUUACACACAACAACUUCCCGCUUCUCGGAUCUUUUGUGUCGCACAUGAAGGGUGGGUUAGCAUCCGAAGCGGGGUUAUUCAAAUAACGAAUACAUUUUACGGCUUCGUUAUGUAGGUAUUAUUUCUUUGUCUCUGCUUAUUGUUGUGCAGUUUAUAGCCAGUUAUAAAAAGAUGUGACACUUUCACUUGUUAAUUCGUUGUAUUCUUCGCUUCCUUUGAUUUUAAUUAGAACCCCUUGAACCGUUCAAUAAGUCUCGCAAACGAACCUGAGUAGAUGUAGGUCAUCAAACGGGGAUGAGCCGGUUCCGUUCUGUUUUCGCUUAAUUCUCGAGCGACGUCACGCUUCCAGAGAUUUUCGAUAUUUUGUGUGAAUGGACCCAUAAUCUCGGAAACGAGUGUCCCCUCCCCCGCGUUUCUUUGUCAACUGCUUAAACCGCCGAGUAUUGAGGCUGAUUAGUGACGUGAGUUAUUACUUUUUUACUUUUGUAAACGCGAUUGGACACUCUGGCCAGCGUUGUGUUUCGUCAUAUUCCUCCAAAUUGUUCUUGUUUUUCAUACUGUAAAAUCGAACCAAAUUUCUCAGAAGACUCGAUUCUACUCGGAAAGGAUUCUCAGUAGUAAAUAGUAAUAGUUUAUACGUCCGACCUCGUCUUCCCAUCGCUUCCCUUUAAUUUAUGUGCCAAUUCCCUCUCCCCAAAAGAUCUCUCGCGCUUCUCAGCCCAUCGAUGUCAUCCUUCCCAUCGAUUCUUUAAGGUCGUUCUCGUUGUUCUUCCUCCCGCCUUUUUAUGGACUUGGUAACCCAAUCAUGUUUUCGUUUUGUUUGUCCAAGUCAAUCUUUGGGUCGUCUUCAGGCCAUAACCGGUCAUUCGAAGGCCGCGCAAUAAUUGACGGGUCAGGAAGUGGACGGAUUUGUCGCGUUUUGGGGUCGGCUUAAUUAAUUUCCGUUCAUGUUCGGAGCUUUAUUUACUAGAUCUUAAAUUUAUUUUAGAGCGCCAGAAUCAAACCAAUCGAUGGCACUUGGGCUCAAACCGCAACCCCCGCCAAAGCCGGGAAGAGUCCUGGUCCUCCCUGCAUCCCUUCAGGCAGCUCCAGUUCAAGCGAGGACCAGGAGCCCAGUGAGGCCAAAGAUGGUAUGACUUUGAUCUGUAAAAGACUUUAUAUUAUUGAAAGUAAUUUGUAAACAAUUCUCACUAUUAAAGACAUGUUCCAAUGUCAUCACGAUUCACUUUCAGAAACCUCCGUCCCCGCAUCCUCCGCCACAGCGUAAGGUGGAAGAUGAGGCGAAUGGAUUGCGAGUGGAGGCAUCCCCUUUUAAGCGGACCGAUCGUUCUCGGUUCGUUAUUUUUUAUUUGUUUAUGUUUUGAUAUUCAUUAAAACAUUAAAAAACUCGUUACAGGAUCAUUCGAAAGCCCUCAAGUCGCCCUCCGCCUCCGCCGAAAGGCAACAAGAGCGAGGUCGCGGAUCAGAGGAUCUACCAGUCUCUUUCGUCGCCCGAUUAUUCACCUCCUAGCUCCAGACUUGGGCGAGAACCUUGUCCCCAAGUUCCAACUCCACCACUUCCUUCAAGAUUGCCUCGUCUGCCUGCCAUUCCCCCUCCAUUGCCUCCUAAAAUGGAUUCAGAAUCAGACCAUGAACCUGAACAAUUCGAAAGUGUUUACGAGGAAGACCUCUACGAAGAGAUUGAGCAAGAAUUUAGUGUAAGUACAAGUAUGGCCUUUAUCAAUACUUUCCAGAAGUCGUUUAACGGUGCUUUUAUGGACAGAAUUCAACAACCUUCCACUUCUUUCUCCCCUAAUCUGAUCCGACGUCCAAAGUAUGUAGACUACUUAAUCCCGUAGCACACAUGAAUAUUUUUUAUAUAUACAUUACUCAUUUCCAGAAACUAUUACAAAGCAAAUGCACCUCAAGAACCCUACGAUUAUGUAGAAGUAGUAGAGCCUCAGGGCACACAAACAUUGGGUCGGUCAACUGCUAGAAGAUUUGUGGAACAAAUGAAAGGUCAAAGGGCAAGAGAAGACCGAGCUCGGAACAAUAUGUUCUCAUCGAUGUUAAUCAAUGGUUCGAAUGGAUUUGGAACAUGGACUGGGGGUGCCCGACGGAAGAAUAGUCGACGUCCGGCUUCCGCUCUGGAGUUCGAGAAUCUGAUGAAAAUAAAAAGCGAAUUGCAGUCGAACCUCUCCCGGAAGGUAAGUCAAAUCAGAAAUCAGAGGCAAUUAUAUUUCCAGGUGGAGAAGCUGAAGAAGAAGGUAGCCCCGUCCCCUUCCUUGCACAGUGGAGCUUCCGACCGUUCCACUUCUGUCUAUAUUCCUGAGACAUCAAACGAGCUCGAAAUUGCAUUAUAUGGUGACGAUUGGUCGUCGGAUGACGAGGAACCUGAGCUGAAUAAGUACGGUGAGUGUCAUUCCGUCCUUUGUGCUUAUUGUGAAGACAGUGUGUUGUGGCAGUGUUCCCGGUCGAGAAUAUCUAUUUACGUCUGUCAUGUCAUGUUUAAAUUUUAUCGGAUACAUUCGGAGUGUUAAGCUGGUCAGAUUUCAUUGCGUAAUAACGUGAAAUUCUCAGCCUGACUUUUCAUACAUCAUCGCUUUUCAUAAACUCACUUGAAUUGUAUGCGUGACACAACUAAUUACACUAAGGAACGAUGAUGAUUAUUUUGCCUGUUAGAGGUAUGUUAUAAUAUGUUUUCAGUAGUCCGCAUAUUCUCUAUCUAGUCUUAUUUCAUGAUAGGAGGCAGACAGCUAAUGUUUAAAGGCUGGUAAACCGAUUAAAGAAAAGGACGAGCUGUCACAAGAAGCACUCAAGAUUAGGCUAAUUUAAUUUUUUUCGAUUACUUUUUGUGUAUUUCUCUCCUUCUUGUAAGUGAUGUUUAGUUGUUAUUUUGUGGUCUCUUCGUUUUUUCGUAAUCGUACAGUUUUUCCAUCAAAAAAGAUUCGAUUGUCUUUGUGAAACCGAAUGUAUUCUUUACGUUCUGAAUCAGCGAAAUCGCUAGGCCUCGGGUUUAGGCUGUUGCCGCCCCCGGAAUCCAGAGAUUCUUUUAACUUUCAGCCUAAUCUUAUAUAGAAAUCGAGCGGAUAAUCCGGCUAAACGGGGCUUUUGAAUAUGGUCGGGUAUUUGGCCCCAGAGAGGUAUUGGAAGCUGCAAUCUUGGCAGUCCUUUAUCUGGGUCUUAGCAUGAGUAAAGUCUUGCGAUCCGGCAGAAAAACGCCGUAAACAUUUCUUGGUUUUGUAACCAGUGUCCUCGUUUUCCUGUUCCUUUUUCUCUGACUGACGUUCGUUAUUCAGAUGUCAAUGAAUCCCAUGGAAAUUCCCUGUUAACCGAGAUUGAAGCCGAAUAUCAAGAUAUCUGCACUGACCUCCACAAAGCUAUAGCCAAAGACAUUGGUAAGUAAAUAAGCUUAAAAUAAACGAAACGGGGAGUAAAAUUCUUUUGUGUACGACAAAAAACCUUUUUAGAACGAAUGACAGAGCCCGAGGCAUUUAUAUCACAAUCUUCUUCUUCCGACAACAUGUCCCGCUUAACGCGGCAAUCGGCUAGCCUGAAUGAUGAUCAUCGAAUGUCCAGUUUACCCAAAGAGUUGCAUCGACUUCGAGUCGACGCUGAAUUCGAUGCUCAGUCUUGUUCUUCGUCGUCUGUUGUUGACGACGAAGAUAUUAUUGAUGAAGAGGCUGCCAAGGCUCUUGAAGAUUCCUUACAUGUUCUACCAGAUAAUGUAGAUUCAGAUUCCCUCUCGGACUUUGAUCGAAAAAGUAUUUACCAGUCUAGAUUACCAGUUGCUCAACCUCUUUAUCAGAUCUACAUGCUCCAAGAACAACAAAAAAUUAUGGGAGAUGGCGAUUCUAAAAUUCCGAAACCGGCAGAUCUAACAUUGCACGUGCCUGGGGAUAAAGACGAGUCAGAUAGUCUAUGUGAUUCCAAUGACAACGAGGAUUCGAAGAGUUUAUCCAUAAGACGACAAAGCUCGUCGGCCUCCACGGAUUCUGGUCGAGGGGCAGAUGCCGUUUCUAGAGUCACCUCAAACACAUCGAUGAGGAGGGAAAGGCUAACUGCGGGAUCUGUUUACGGAAGUCAGCGUUCGCUGUGGUGUGAAUUACCCGAAGUCCGAUCAGCGGGUCUGUUGGAUACCUUGGACAACUCUUCCAAAAAACUUCAGGAGGCCUUCUUCGAAGUCAUCACUUCGGAAGCAUCGUAUCUCCGUUCCAUUAAUGUGCUAAUUAGUUAUUUCAUGGCAGCUCCCGAACUUCAAGGACCGAAGAAAGCGAUGAGCGUAAUCACAAGUGCUGAGAGAAAACAUUUGUUCAGCAAUAUUGUGGCAAUUAGGGAUUGUGCUGAGAAGUGAGUCAUUUACAUUGUAUGCGCUCGAUAGUCUCGAAAACCAAGAUUAUAUUCAAUCUUGCAGGUUGCUGUGUGAUCUGGAGAACCGGUUGAAGGAAAGUUUGGUGCUGACGGAUGUGUCUGAUAUUCUCUGCGAGCAUUUUGAGAAGCACUUCGACGCAUACGUUAAGUAUUGUUCAAAUCAAGUAUACCAAGAUCGAGUCUUGAAGCGAUUAAAGUAGGCACUGUUCUUUGCAUGCUGCUUUAAUUGAAUCAUGAUUAUGAUGGAUGUCGUUUAGGUUGAAUAAUUCCCAAUUCCUAAUCACCGUCCAGAAGAUUGAAGCAAACCGUGAAUGUCAAGGACUUGAUAUGAGAUCGUUCUUAAUGUUGCCCAUGCAAAGAGUCACCCGAUAUCCAUUGCUAGUGUUUGCAAUUUUGGAACGAGUCGCUGAUGGAUCUCCACAACAGAAGCUGGCAACAAAAGCGUUGAAUCUCGCUAAUCGGCUUGUCAGAGAUUGUAAUGAGGGAGCCAGGAGGAUGGAGAGGACGGAACAACUUUUGGAGAUAGAACGCCGGCUAGUGUACAAGUCUCCUGAUCUCAAGUAUGUUCAAAAACAAAGUCUUCGUCGAAGAUUACGAAUUAGCUAAUAGAUAUUUUCAUCUUCAGGCGAAUUCCUCUAGUCACUACGGGCAGGUAUGUUGUAAAAAGCGGAUCUGUGACUCAACUCCUGGAAAGAAAACCGAAAGCUAAGCUCGGUGGUGUCUUGCAAUCCAAGCAAAAAGCAAGGGCUCUUUACAUCUUCCUCUUCAGCGACCUGUUAAUGAUUGCGAAGAAGAAAUUGUAAGUUCUUUGACGUCAAUAUUGCGUCGUAUAUGACGUAACAACACAGAGUACUUGUUUGAAAUAAGCAGCUUAUCUAUUUAGAAAUGGGACGUUUGUUUGCAAAGAUUAUGCCGCCAGAAGAUUUGUGGAGAUCGAGCCCGUCGAACCCCACAGCAACAAGAUCCCCAUAGGCGUAGUGGCCAACCUCCCAUCAAAAGCCCAUCUUUUUCUGUGUAUUCUUAUGCAUAAUGCUCGAGGAAAGCAAGUAGAACUGCUGCUGAACACGGACUCCGAAUCUGACAGGGAGAGGUGGCUGUCAGCCAUGAGACCACCGACCUGCUCGAAUCCAGAUGAGAAGAUCUACGCGGAAUGGGACUGUCCGCAGGCAGUUGCUUGUCAUAAUUACGAGGCAGUGCAAGAAGAUGAAUUAUCUCUGGAAGAAGGGGACCUCAUAAAUAUCCUCAGGAAAAUGCCCGACGGUAGGUACUUUCUAAAAACUCUUACAAAAAGGUAUUGCAAAAUAUGUUUAUGGUAACAUUACAGGUUGGUUCUACGGAGAACGACCAAGAGAUCACAAAGGUGGAUGGUUCCCCUCUUCCUACGUACAACAGGUCAUGAAUGAUCAUGUGCGGGCAAACAACUAUCGACAAAGAUUACGUGUAAUACAAGCUGCCAACGGUUACCAACACAGACAGUUGGACCGAGCCGUAGAGAAACGCGGGUCUCUAGUGCCUACGAGUAUUCCUCCUUUGAGUCGGUUGAGGCGCCUUUCCAAUCCUAAAGCUUUCUUCACUUCAAUGGACUGA